AUGGAUGGACCUUGUCUUCAUCAAUUCAUCGUGACACCUUUUAAGAAUAUCCAACGAUUACACCGAUUUAGAGAAAUAAAAUGGAUGAAUCCACGAGCAGAUGCAACGACUGCUUAUGUGCCAACGUACAUAGAGCACUUAGCAAACAUAAUAACUCAUGGAAUAUGGAUAGUUCCAGCGUUACUGGGAGCCGUGGAACUUAUUUCAAGAUCUACAAAUUGGACUCAAUUAACAUCAGCAUGGGUCUACGGUGUUGCAUUACUUUUACUUUUCGUCAUAUCCACUACCUUCCAUUGUGUCCAUUAUCGUAAUCACAAACAAUUAAAAGAUGUGCUACAUCGUUGUGAUCGUGCGAUGAUAUAUGUUUUUAUUGCAGCGACAUAUUUUCCAUGGUUAAUGGUUGAAGAUUUUCCAGAUAAUGAUAUUAUACCUACCAUGAGAUAUUUAGUAUGGAUAAUGGCUAUUUUUGGUAUUUUAUACCAACAAGUAUUUCAUGAAAAAUAUAAAAUGUUAGAAACUAUUUUUUAUCUAGUCAUGGGUGUGGGACCAAGUAUUGCUGUUAUAACUGUUAACAAAUUUGACAACAUACGAGAAUUAAAGACUGGUGGAUUUAUCUACAUCGUUGGAAUUUUAUUUUUCAAAUCUGAUGGACGUAUACCUUGUGCCCAUGCUAUCUGGCAUGUAUUCGUAACAGUAGCUGCUGGAUUCCACUAUUACGCAAUACUAAACCAUCUUUAUCCUCCAAUUUAUAAGGAUGAAGCCGUAGCAAUUGAUUUGAUAAAAUCCGCAGGAGAACUUUGA